GUAAACACUGAAGCAGCAUGCCUAUUUCAAACAUGCGUUUCACCCGCUCUCUAGUGGAGGGACAGGCUGUAAAUGUAAUUUAUAUGUGCGGUUUCUUAUCACUGUAGCCCUAGUUUUUUUCCCGUUUUGUUUCGAAGCGUUUGCUCAUUUAUGAGGUGCUUAGAAAGCACGAAGUGAUAGCGCCAGGUCUUGUAACAUAUAAGCUUGCAAAGUUCUGAGUUCGCAAUGGAACCGGUGCAAGAAGAGGACUAUGUUCGCCCACGUUGGCCGCGGUUGUCAAAGUUCAUUUUAUCUGCAUGUGCGGCAACUGUUGCUGAAAUAGUGACAUUCCCGCUGGACUUGACAAAAACCAGGCUUCAGAUCCAAGGUGAAGGAGCCCUCCGCAGCCAUGGAAGUGCAGGCAGUGGACAGGCAGCAUACCGUGGUAUGCUGCGGACUGCUGUUGGAAUUGUGCGUGAAGAGGGACCCCUGAAGCUAUGGCAGGGUGCCACACCAGCCAUCUACAGACAUAUAGUGUACUCUGGUGUGCGGAUGGUGGCCUACGAGCAGCUGCGGGACUUGCUGGGCAGAAAUGAGGAUGCCAGUUUUCCGCUCUGGAAAGCAGUGGUGGGGGGCAUGGUGGCAGGGGCGCUGGGCCAGUUCAUGGCCAGCCCCACAGAUCUGGUGAAGGUGCAGAUGCAGAUGGAGGGCAGGCGCAGACUGGAGGGCAAGCCCCCCAGAGUGCACGGAGUGUACCACGCUUUUCUGAAGAUCAUUUCGGAGGGAGGAGUCCGAGGCCUGUGGGCUGGAUGGGUACCCAACGUGCAAAGGGCAGCUUUGGUCAAUUUAGGAGAUCUCACUACAUACGACACAGUGAAGCACUUCUUACUAAGAAAUACCUCUCUAGAGGACAACAGCCUCUGUCAUGGUUUGGCAAGCACUUGUUCGGGUCUGGUCGCAGCUACCAUGGGAACACCUGCUGAUGUAGUCAAAACCAGAAUCAUGAACCAACCAACAGACAGCAGUGGCAGGGGCCUACUGUACAAAUCUUCCAUUGAUUGCCUGAUACAGUCUGUAAAAGUUGAGGGACUCAAGUCUUUGUAUAAAGGCUUCCUACCUACAUGGAUGCGCAUGGCCCCCUGGUCCAUGACGUUUUGGCUGACGUUUGAGCAGAUCAGAAGGGCAAUGGGCAUCAGCUCGUUCUAGAGCCUGGAUUGUCAGCCGGUCCCACCGAUCUCAGUGUUAAUGUUCUACAUCUGUGAGUUACUCUCUGGUAAAUGAGCAACUGUGCAUUGCACAUGCAAAGGUGCUGCAAAUAAAAUGCCUGUAACUCAAUCUGUUUCAGAAGUUCAGAUGUGAUUUUUUUGUUCUACCACCUGUUGAGGACUUCCCACAUCAUCAUCACAUGUUUUUCCAUGAAAAUGAAUUCACACAUUCUUGUCACACACAUUCUUGAAAG